UAUUUGUCUUCAGCUAAUCCUAAUGAUAAUAGAACUAGCUCUAAUGUGGAUCAAAGCUUGCUGGAAAUUCGCAAAAAAAACAUGUAUAAACUGGAAGAACAGCUGCAUAAUGAAAUGCAAUUAAGUACAGAGCUUCAAACAUAAAACUAGACAAGAUAAUGAAAGAACUGAAUGAAGAGGGAAUCUAAGAAGAAAUCUAGAAUCUACAGGGUCUCAGAUUGAGGAGAAAAUGUUGCUACAGCAUAGAAUUAAUGAAUACCAAAGAAAAGCAGAACAGGAAAAUAAGAGGAGGAAUGUAGAAUAUGAGUUUUCAAUAUUGAAGGAUCAGUUGGAAGACUUAAAAUAAAUCAUAAUUCACAGCUUGCUAAUGAGAAGCUGGCACAAUCACUAAAGCAGCUUGAAAAAGUCAAUGUUACUUAGGACAGAGGUAGACACAGCUGUAAGAUUAAGGAAGAGUUUCACAAAGAUGAGCACAUCGAUUAGUCAGCUAGAGUCCCUAACCAGAAAAUUGCAGGAGAGAAAUAGAAUUUUAGAGAAUUCCAAGUCACAGAUGGACAAGGAUUAUUACCAGCUGCAAGCUGUGUUAGAAGCUGAAUGAAGAGACAGAGGUCAUGCUUCCGAGAUGGGAGUGGCUCAAAUUACAUCUUUACAAGAGGAGGUGAAGAAUCUCAAACAUAAUCUUGAAAGAGUGGAAAGAGAAAGAAAAGAAGCUCAAGACAUGCUUAAUCACUCAGAAAAGGAAAAGAAUAAUUUAGAAAUAGAUUUAAACUAUAAACUUAAAUCAUUACAACAAUGGUUAGAACAAGAGGUAAAUGAACAUAAAGUAACCAAAGCUUGUUUAACUGGCAAACAUCAGUCUAUUGAAGAGGCAAAAUCUGUUGCAAUGUGUGAGAUGGAAAAAAGGAUAAAGGAACAGAGGCUCACGAGGAGGCUGAAAGUAGGUUUUGUUCAGGUUGAGAAGCAGUGUUCCAUGCUAGAUGCUGAUCUGAAACAAUCACAGCAGAAGCUUGAGCAUUUGAUAGAAAAUAAAGAGAGAAUGGAGGAUGAAGUUGAGAGUCUAAGUCUUCAGUUGGAGGGAGAAUCAAAUAAGUGACUGUUGUUACAAAAUGAAUUGAAGACUCAAGCAUUUGAAGCAGAUAACUUUAAAGGCGAAAAGCAGAUGAAACAGGAAAUAAGUACUUUAUUGGAAGCAAAGAGAUUAUUAGAAUUCGAGUUAGCUCAGUUUACAAAACAGUAUAGAGGAAAUGGAGGACAGAUGCAGGAGGUGCAAGAUCUGCUUGAAGUUGAGCAAUAUUUCUCGACACUUUAUGAGACCCAGGUAAAGGAACAACAAAUUGAAGAAAACAACAGAGAGAAUUUAAAGAAAAUGCAAGAACUACAAAAUGAAAAAGAAACCCUUGUCACUCAGUUGGAUCUAGCAGAAACAAAAGCUGAGUGUGAGCAGUUGGCUAGAGGGCUUCUGGAAGAGCAGUAUUUUGAAUUGACCCAAGAAAGCAAGAAAGCUGCUUCAAGAAAUAGACAAGAGAGUACAGAUAAAGAUCACACUGUUAGACUGCUUGAAGAAACAAACAGCAUGCUUACCAAAGAUACUGAAUUAUUAAGAAAACAAAAUGAAGAGCUGAUGAAUAAAAUGAGGAAGGUAGAGGAAGAAUAUAAAUUUAAGAAAGAGGAAGAGAUUAGUGAUCUUAAGGCUGCCUUUGAAAAGAAUAUCUACAUGGAACAAACCCUAAAAACACAGUCUGUUAACAAGUUGGAAGAAAUAAUGAAUCGGGAAGAUUUUACAAUUGAUAGAAAGAAAGCUAAUACACAGGAUUUGAAAAAGAAGGAAAAGGAAAAUUGAAAGGCACAAUCAGAAGUAUCACAGACUUCAGGGUCAAGAUGGGGGUUACUCUGUCCUUGCUUUGGCAGAAAAGCACACUGAGGGUUUUUGUUUCUUGUUUUUUUUAUUGUGGGUUUGCCUACAGGUAGAUUAGAUUAAUUAUUACUAUGUAAUGCAAGUAUA